AUACUAAUAUUGAAUUUUACAUUACUGACGAUUACAAUAAUAAAAUGUACGCGUUACAGCCGGUGUCGCGUCGUUAGUAUUCCUCGCGUUCAAACGCGCCGUUUCUAUUUUGGUGCGGCUCUUAUUGGCACCGGCUAUAUUAUGUCGUGGCGGCCACUGCCGUCGCUUGAGUGGGCCCUGACGGCGGCGGUGUCAGUCAGUGGCGUGCAAUGGUGCCGGUGGGCGACAAGAGUAGUACCGGGUCGUCGUCUGCGCCGUACGCGUCGGGCGUCGACAACCCCAAAGAGCGACUAAAGGAGUGUUGUCGCAAGCUAGUGGCGUUCAUGUGCACGCAAGUAGGCGUUGGGGGCCUGGUGGUCGGUUACGCAGUGGUGGGCGCGUUUUGCUUCAUCCAAAUCGAGGGUCAAGCGGGCGACGCACAGAAGCAAUCGGUCGAGCAACUUCGGCACAACUGUUCGGCGAACGUGUGGAAUGCCACUAGCACGUUCAACGUGUUGCACAAAGCCAACUGGACGCGGCAGGUGACGGGAGCGCUCAAGCACUUUGAAGAGAAAUUGGCGUUGAUCGUCAAGAAGGGCUAUGAUGGCAAGACGGCCGAAGAGACGUGGUCCUUCUCGGCCGCCCUGAUGUUUUCGUUGUCCAUAUUUACCAUGAACGGGUACGGAAACGUAGUGCCCAAGACGACGCUCGGCAAAGCCGCCACCGUUGUGUACGCUGUGUUCGGCAUACCGUUGUACGUGCUCUACUUCCGAAACAUGGGAAAGGUGCUUGCACAGACCUUCCGGUGGCUAUACACGUCGUUAUACCGGUGCAGCAUGGAAGACAAGGUCGGAGUGGACGGUUAUAACUCACAGCUGCCGCAGAAGUCCAGGGUGAUCGUACCGUCCACGGCGUGCCUGUGGGUACUGGUGGCGUACGUGGCGACGGGGACGGUGACGUUUGUUACGCUGGAGGACUGGACGUACCUGGACAGCACGUUCUUCUGCGUGACCAGCUUGUGCAAGAUCGGCAUCGAGAACUUCGUGCCGGUGGGCAGCGUACAGGACUUUGGGGCUGACCAUCCCAUGAAACUUGUCAUCAAAUUCGUUUAUCUGUUGCUGGGCAUGGGCAUCAUCGCCAUGUGUUUUGAUCUGAUGCGCGAGGACGUUCAGGUGCGAGUCCGUAACCUCAAAAUGGACAUAGGACUGUGCUUUGAAGACAUACGGCUCAGGGCCGUGGCCGUAUACAGGCGGAGGAACUCGUUCGACUGACUUGAAACACGGAAAUUUACUACACAUAUAUAUAUAUAUAUAUAAAUAUUUUUUUUUACCUAUUUUUUAUUAUAUAUUAUAAUAAUAAUAAUGUUAUAAUUGUUAUUUACUACUAUUAAGAUACAUUUGUUUUGAAUUUGUAUAAAUAUAAUAUUGUUUGUUUUGUAAUACAAGAUUCGGUGAUCAAUCUCCAUCUAUUCCUUGGGUGUUUUUAAAA